AGAACUAUAUGCACUGACACAGCCUCAGGAAAACCCACGAUGGCUGCCAAGCGCAAAGGCGGCCUGAAGCUCAACGCCAUCUGUGCCAAGCUGAGCCGCCAGGUCAUCUUCGACCACGGGGGAGCCCAGCAGGCCCGAGCAGACAAGGGGCCGCAGCGGGAGAGCAGCAACAAGGACCUGCCUCAGCCUGGGACCAAGGAGCUGGGGACAGAGUUUUCAGAUGGACUCAGCCGUGUGCAGAAGAUUGAGGAGGACAAAAGGAGGGAGGUGAUUGAGAAGUGGGUGAACGGGGAAUACAACGAGGAGCCCUUGCUGGGGCGAGUGGAAGGCAAGGAAUUUAAGGGUGUGGAGAGCGCGGAGGUGCCCCCCGAAGGGGUUUACAUGGUGCAGCCCAAGGGCUGCAGUGACGAGGAGGAUAAUGGGGAUGAGGCAGAGGCUCUGAGAGGCUCACAGGAUGGCAACUUUGUGGAUGACAGGGAUUCAGAUGGUCCAGCCUCCAAGGACGAUGCCUACCGGUCCUCCAGUGGUGACACAGGCUCCAAGGCCUCAGGGGAAGCUUCAUCGCUGCGAGAUUACGCUGCCACCACCAUGAAUGAGUUCCUGGGCAUGUUUGGCUACGACGACCAGAACAUGCGGGACGAGCUGGCCCGCAAGAUCAGCUUUGACAAGCUGAAUGCUGCUACCUCAGAGGCCACCGCCACCGCGGCCUCUCUCCCCGGCGAGGACGCCAUGAGCAAACGAGCCCGCUUCUCCAAGUAUGAGGAGUACAUCCGCAAGCUGAAAGCUGGAGAGCAGCUCUCUUGGCCCAUGCACUUGGUCAAAUCUGAGGAGCUGGGCUCCAAGCUGGGCAAAGAGACUUCCUCAGUGCUCGCACAGCCCAUUCGCGUGCCAGGUCCAGAUGCCUCCAUGCUGACGGAGACCAAAGCCACCAUCCUGCCACUGCCCUCUCCCAGCAGUUCCCAGAUGCAGGGCCUGAUGUCACGGGCCUCCAAAUAUGACUUCUUCAUUCAGAAGCUGAAGACGGGUGAAAGCAUCAGGCCACAAAAUGGCAACACUUACAAGAAGGCCUCCAAGUAUGACCUAGAAAAUGUCAAGUACUUGCACCUUUUCAAGCCCGGAGAAGGAAGCCCAGAUAUGGGAGGAGCCAUCGCCUUCAAGACAGGCAAGGUAGGCCGGCCUUCCAAGUAUGAUGUGAGGAACAUCCAGAAGCUCACUCCAUUAAAAGCUCCAACACCCAGCCUGGCCCCAGCUCCCCUCACCAGUACCCCCAGCAGCACUCCUGUGGCUGGGCCAGAGCAGGCUGUCUCAUUGCCGUUCAACACUCCUGAGUACCUGAAAUCAACUUUCUCCAAGACAGACUCCAUCACAACUGGAACAGUCUCUACAGUAAAGAAUGGAUUACCCACUGACAAACCGGCUGUCAGCGAAGACGUAAAUAUUUACCAGAAGUAUAUUGCCAGGUUCUCUGGCAGUCAGCACUGUGGACACAUACACUGUGCAUACCAGUACCGAGAACAUUACCACUGCCUUGACCCAGAGUGCAACUACCAGAGGUUCACUAGCAAGCAGGACGUGAUCCGGCACUACAACAUGCACAAGAAGCGGGAUAACUCCCUCCAGCACGGCUUCAUGCGCUUCAGCCCCCUGGACGACUGCAGCGUCUACUACCACGGCUGCCACCUCAACGGGAAGAGCACACACUACCACUGCAUGCAGGUGGGUUGUAACAAGGUCUAUACAAGCACCUCGGACGUGAUGACCCAUGAGAACUUCCACAAGAAGAACACACAGCUCAUCAAUGACGGGUUUCAGCGGUUCCGUGCCACGGAGGACUGCGGCACCGUGGAAUGUCAGUUCUAUGGGCAGAAAACCACUCACUUUCACUGCAGGCGACCUGGGUGUACAUUCACCUUCAAGAACAAGUGUGACAUUGAGAAGCACAAGAGCUACCACAUCAAAGAUGAUGCCUAUGCCAAGGACGGCUUCAAGAAGUUCUACAAGUAUGAGGAAUGCAAAUAUGAGGGCUGUGUCUAUAGCAAGGCCACCAACCACUUCCACUGCAUAAGGGCAGGCUGUGGCUUCACCUUCACCUCCACCAGCCAGAUGACCUCCCAUAAACGCAAACAUGAGCGCCGGCAUAUCCGGAGCUCAGGAGUGCUGGGCCUGCCUGCCUCUCUCCUGGGGUCCAAGGAUAAUGAGCAAGAGGAGUCCAGUAAUGAUGACCUCAUUGACUUCUCCGCUAUGAGCUCGAAGAACUCCAGCCUGAGUGCCUCCCCCACCAGUCAACAGUCUUCCGUUUCUCUCAUAGUUCCAGCUGCACCCUCCUCUGCUGCUGACCUUGCUUCCUCACAGGCCAGCAAGUCUGCCAACAGCAUGACACCAGCCACCAAGAUCUCUGGCCUGCUCUCCCAGGCUCUUCCCAGCAAUAUACCCUUGGCUCUGGCACUCUCCAACUCCGCACUUCCUGGAACAGCUGGAUCCUUCUUCCCCAUCAUCCCCAGUCGGGUCUCUACACCACUUCCUGCCAGCUCAGCUAAUCUGAUGACUGCUGGUUCUUCUGGCACCAAUCCAACAUCAUCUACUCCUACGGAUUCCUCAUCCCAGGCUGUUUCAGGAUCUGGUGACCCAGCAGCUACUUCUUCUCCAGCUCCAGCAGCAUCAAUAAUGGAAAGGAUCUCUGCUAGCAAGGGAUUAAUCUCUCCUAUGAUGGCCAGGCUUGCAGCAGCUGCCCUCAAGCCCUCUGUGGCACUCGAAGCAGGGAAUGGACAACCAGCAGCUCCCGGACGGUUCAAUCCAGCUCAGGUGAAGCAGGAACCUGUGGAGGCCAUGGGAUCAUCAUCUGCUGCCAGUCAGGACUCCUUGCAGGAGCACAGCCUGGACCUGAGCGUCAAGGACCAUAGUAAUGAAUCAAAUGGCCACACAGUCUCAGCAAAUUCAUCUCUUUUAUCCUCGCUUAUGAAUAAGAUGUCCAAGACCAGUGCCAGCCUUGGCAACCUGCUGAACAUUAAGACUGAAGGAGAUGGCAGCCAGGCUGGGGCUGCAGAGCCGACACAGUACUUGGGCAAGGCAGUGAAGGCACUUGUCCAGGAGAAGCUCUCUGAGCCAUGGAAGAUGUACCUGCGCCGGUUUGGUACCAAGGACUUCUGCGAUGCGCAGUGCGACUUUCUCCACAAGGUGCAUUUCCACUGUGUGGUGGAGGAGUGUGGGGCCCUGUUCAGCACCCUGGAUGGAGCCAUCAAACAUGCCAACUUUCACUUCCGAACUGAGGGUGGAACUGUGAAAAGUAACUCUGAGUCUCCCUUCUCAACUACUACUGAGAAUAAGGCUUCGCUGGCCCCUUCAUCACCAUCUGCUACUUCUGUCACCAUGGCAAGUGCUCCUGCCCUUGACGUGCCCACUCCAAGCCCAGCGACUGUCCCCUCUGCCCCCACACUGCUAGCUUGGAAGCAGCUGGCUUCAACCAUACCCCAGAUGCCUCAGAUCCCAGCAUCAGUGCCUAACCUGGCAACUUCACCCUUGGCAACAACCUCCCUGGAGAAUGCCAAGCCUCAGGUCAAACCGGGAUUUCUCCAGUUCCAGGAGAAGUAA